AAACUCUCGCUGUAGUGCCAUGGGGAGCAAGAAGGAAAUGGCCCUGCAGGUCAACAUCAGUACCCAGGAACUUUGGGAGGAAAUGCUCAGUUCCAAAGGACUAACUGUUGUCGACGUCUACCAAGGCUGCUGCGGCCCCUGCAAGCCCGUGGUGAGCUUCAUCCAGAAGAUGAGGAUCGAGGUCGGCCUGGACCUUCUGCAUUCUGCAUUAGCAGAGGCAGACCGUCUUGAUGUCCUCGAAAAAUACGGAGAGAGGUGCGAGCCGACCUUUCUGUUUUAUGCAGGAGGGGAGCUGGUGCCAUUGGUUAGAGGAGCAAACGCCCCGCUGCUGCAGAAAACCAUCCGAGAGCAGCUGCAGGCUGAAAAGAGGGUGCUGGCCGAAGGCAGAGAGCGGAGAGUGAUUAAAGAUGAGGCUCUUUCUGAUGAAGAUGAAUGCUUUUCCCACGAAAAGGAAGAUGGUGACGAUGAGGAUGCGGUGUCAUCAGAGAAGGCCUGCACCUUGGCAGUCAUUAAACCAGAUGCGGUGGUCCAUGGGAAGACGGAUGAGAAUAUCACGAAGAUCCAGGAAGCUGGGUUUGACAUUUUAACAAAUAAAGAGAGAACCAUGACAGAAGUAGAAAUGCAACUUUUCUACCAACACAGAGCUGGAGAGGAGGCAUUUGAGAAGCUGGUACAUCGCACGUGCAGUGGACCGAGCCACCUCCUCAACCUCACCAGGACUGAGGGCACCGAGGAUGUGGUCACCGCCUGGCAAACCCUCAUGGGACCCUGUGACCCCGAUGUGGCAAGGAGGGAGCAGCCUGACAGUCUCCGGGCUCAGUAUGGCACAGAAAUGCCCUUUAAUGCGGUCCGUGGAAGCCGGGACUCGGAAGAUGCCCGCCGGGAACUGGCACUGCUCUUUUCCAGUUUUAAGUUUUCAGACCAGGUUCCGGAAGCCCCUCUGGGCCUCGAGGCCGAAGGAGAGGGCCCCGGUGAGGCGCUGUGCUCCCCCGAGGACGUGGACAAGGCGGCCUGCGACCAGGCUGAGGCCGUGAGAUGAAGCGCCAGUGCACUCAUACCUGCUGCAUGUAAGGAAACCUCCAGAACCGAAACGUCCUCUUUUGAGCACCAAUACUUUUUGGUUUAGUUAGCGUUCAUGAAUAAAAAUAACAGUAUCCA